AUGAAUAUUGACCAUAGUUGGAUGUGGAGGCGCUUGGAUGAUAAUGGGUUUCUUUUAGAUGAAUUCGUAACAAGGGUUGAUCAGGAGUUCUUGAACUUUGCCUUUAAUAAUCCACGAUUUCUGAAUAAUGGACAAAUCAAAUGUCCAUGCUGUAAAUGCGGCAACAUAAGAUUUUUGAAUCGAAGUGAUGCGCAUUUACACAUAGUAAAAAAUGGAUUUACUCGGGGUUAUAAUAUCUGGUACGCACAUGGUGAAUCCUUGAACAUAAGAGAUGAUGUGGGGGGUUCUUCAACCGCUCCUCAGGUAGAAACGUCUCGUUAUAGAACAAUGGUGAUGGAUGCAAUAGGCCAUGAGUUCAGCUCAAACUUCACGUGUGCUGAACAAUUGCCUAAUCCAGAAGCACAAAAGUUUUUUAACUUAUUAAAAGAUGCUGACAAACCAUUAUGGGAUGGCUGCAAAAAUCACACAAAACUCUCUGUUGUGGCGCAACUAUUAAGUAUCAAAUCAGAGUACAAUUUACCUGAAGCUUGCUAUGAUCGACUUGUGUCAACAAUUAAAAGCAUGCUGCCUGAAGAUGAAAAGUUGCCAGAUAACUUCUACACGACCAAAAAACACCUAGGUAAACUUGGUCUAGGUUACGAAAAAAUUGAUUCUUGUGUAAACAAUUGUGUAUUGUAUUACAAAGAGAACAAUGGCCUUCAAGAAUGCCCUAUAUGUUAUCAUCCUCGACAUAAGCCAAUCAAGGCAGGAUCACGGAAAAAAGUACCUUUCAAGGUGUUGCGUUAUUUGCCUUUGAUACCUAGGCUCAAAAGGCUAUAUGCAUCUAACUACACCUGUGAGCACAUGACAUGGCAUGCAAAUAAUCCUUCGAGCCAGGAAAGUAUGGCACAUCCAUCUCAUGGAGAGGCAUGGAAACAUUUCGAUCGCACUCAUCCAUCAUUUGCCUCAAAUGCACGAAAUGUGCGCCUUGGGUUAUGCACAGAUGGUUUCAGUCCAUUUGGGAAUUCUAUUACUCCUUAUAGUUGUUAG